UGGGCCCCUGGAGUUCCCGUGUGCCUUGCCCUCUCCAUGCAAGCUCCCUUGGCUUCUGAAGGUGCACUGAGCAGGUAGAAGAGGCCAGAGUUUGGGAAACUCUAAAAGAAAGGCACUGCAGUCGCUUGGCAUUCAGGAAGCUCAGCAGAAGGAACCUCAGAAGUCAAGAAAGGCAGGAACAAGGAACCAGCCAGCAAUGGCUUCAGCAAUCUUGGCCAAUGUAAAGGAUGAGGUGACCUGCCCCAUCUGCCUGGAGCUCAUGAGAGAACCCAUGAGCAUAGACUGUGGACACAGCUUCUGCCAAGCCUGUAUCACAACAAGCUAUAAAUCCACCAUUGGCCCAGGAGGGAAGAGCAACUGUCCUAUGUGUCAAAUGCCUUACAAGUUUGAGAGCCUCAGGCUUAAUCGCCAUAUGGCCAACAUAGUGCAGAGUCUCAGGGGGGUCAAGUUGAGCUCACAGGAACAGAAUGUGCAUCAAUGUCCACAGCACGGUGAGAAACUCCAGCUCUUCUGUAGGGAUGAUGGGAAGGUGAUUUGCUGGCUUUGUGAGCGAUCUCAGCAGCACCAGGGUCACCACACAUGCCUCUUGGAGGAAGUGGUCCAGGAGUACCAGAACAAGCUCCAGGCAGUUCUGGAAAAGCUGAAGAAGAACAAGAAAGAAUCUGAGAAGUGGAAAGCUGAACUCCAACAAGAGAAAACUUCCUGGAAGAGUCAAGUACAAAGCAAGAUACAAAAUGUUCAGGCAGAUUUCACACAACUGAGAGGCAUCCUGGACUCUGAGGAGGAGAAAGUACUGCAAAAGCUGAAAAAGGAGGCGGAAGAUGGCUUGCGCCGCCUGGCAGGGUGUGAAAAUGAGCUGACCCAGCAGAGCAAGUGUGUGAGCCAGCUCAUCUCCGAUGUGGAGCUUCAGUUAGAAGGAUCCCCGAUGGAGAUGCUGCAGGGUGUGAAUACCAUCAUGAGAAGAUCUGAGCUCUUGACGAUGAAGAAGCCAAUGACUUUCCCCAAGAAAGAACAGGAAGUGUUCCCAAUAACUGGUCUGAGAGGAAUGUUGCAAGUGUUUCAAGAGCUGACUGAUGCCCGCCAAUACUGGGUUCAUGUGACAGCGAAUACAAAGGAUUCCAGAAUUUUCAUUUCUCAAGAUCAGAGACAGAUAAAAUACCAGAGUACUCCUGUGUAUUCCCAACCGUCCCUGUUUUCACAUAAUUCUUAUACUACAUUGGAACCGCUUAAUGGCCUGACUUUUGGUUGCUCAGCAAGCAAGUCUGUAUUUCAAAAUAAUGGACUUCUUCUAGGGGUCCUGGGUGCCCCUGUAAUCACAUCAGGGAAGCACUACUGGGAGGUGGAUGUGUCAAGGAAAACAUCCUGGCACCUGGGGGUGAGUGAUGGAAGACACUUCAGACCCAGGCCAUGGCCUGAUCCGACUGUUCAUGAAGUUCCUCGUCCUAAAGUUGGUUACUGGAUUAUAGGCAUGGAGAAAAAAUCUGAGUAUAAAGUUUUCUUGGAAGAUCCUACUUCCCAUUUGCCUUUGCCCAUGCCCCUGUGUUUGCCUGUUGCUCUCGAUCGUGUUGGGGUUUUUGUAGACUACCAGGCUGGCUCAGUCUCAUUUUACAGCACUACAUACAAUGCAUUUCUCAUCUAUAAGUUCACUAACUGUUCCUUUCCCUGUCAAGUCUAUCCAUAUUUCAGUCCUUUACAGUGUUCAGAACCCAUGACACUAUGCUGAUCAGCCUCUUAAGUAUUUUUACCCCUUUCUACAUUUCUGUGCACUGUCCCUGGCCCUGGUGUGCGUUUCAUGCAUCUGACCCCCUCUGUGGGCCCCAUGCAACAUCUUUUCCUUCUGAUGUGAGUCUGUCUGAUUCAAUGUCCUUCUCUCAUAACUAGGAUGUACACUUUUCCUUGUGCCAUAUUCUUCCUGAUGCUGUGUUUCUUUGGAGGAUAGUCAUAUCGUCACUCCUAAUGCCACAACCCUUUUCUCUGCCACUGAGAGAAGGUACAGAACUGUUUCAAUAAGGUUUCUAUACUAUUAAAAGUCUAUGGAAAGCAAUCACUCCCUUAAGGAAUGAGCCCUUAGCAGUGUCUUAGCUUUAGUUUUACUCUAAAAUGUUUUAUUCCCAGGAGUUAAGGAGAAAAAUAUCACAAAUGAUCUUGAUCAAGAUGCAGAUUCUGUGUACAUUGAUUGUGUUUAUAUUCAUGUCCCCUCUUUCCAUAUAUUUUCAAUGUAAACUUGAAUAAAAUACUGAAAUGUC